AAACUCCAACACAGUAGGUGUAUUCGGCACAAUUUGUCUACCUAAACAUGUCAGUCUGAGCGCACAAAAAUUCUAAAUUACACUAGAGAAGAUGCAGCCCGAAGGAGCAGAGAGCUUUGCCCAGGAUGGCGUCUCACUGGCAGGCAAGAACACCAAUGAAAGUCCCAAUUUGAUGAAGGUGUUCAAAAAUGACUUCGAUGCCAAAUACAACAUUGUGGACAUGCAGACGCCGCUCAAUGCUUUCAUGUCUGGGCAGUACAAGCGUAGUUAUGCCUACUAUACUCUGCGCAAUCGUUUGCCAGUGGUGCUAACAAGGGUACUGGACACACUCACCAAGGAGAAGAGCCAAAUAGUGGAGAAAUUUGCUUUUACAAAUUUUUUACAGAACGCUCGCGAUGAACUGAAGAUUAUAAUUGGAAUGAUCUCUCGGCUUAAGUACGAGUUGCAGACGGACAAAGCCUUCCAUCAAUUUAAGGGCGAUGAGCCUGAUCGCGAGCUGUGGAACAAUUUUAUAUCCCAGCUGCCUAGCGAGGCGAGCACUUUUUACAGAGCCUGCUGGAUGCAUGCAGAGUGUUAUAUGUACCGCAAGCUCCACUCCUUCGUGGAGAACAGCAUCUUCCUGAAACAGCUAGAUUUGUUUGCCAAUGUAAAGCAGCAUGCGCUUACCAGCUGCCAGAAUGAUAUACUCGCUUUGGCCAAGUACACACGACGCACGGAGAACAACCUGGAGAUGUUUAGCGAAAUACUCAAGAUUAGUCUAUGGAGCAAUCGCAAUGAUUUGUCUGCGGACGAGCGUGCUCGUCAAUUCAACAUUAAGGUGCUAGAUGAUGUGAAUGCUACAGAAGAAUAUAUAAUAGAUAAUCACACCGCAGAGAUUUGGAAAUGCCUAUCAACCAAACGGCCAACUAGGCAACAUGUGGAUUUUGUGCUAGAUAAUGCUGGAUAUGAACUCUUUGCAGACUUUAUAUUGGCUGAGUAUAUCAUAGAAAAAGGACUUGCGUCCAAAGUGCGCUUCCAUGUGAAGGCGCACCCCUGGUAUGUUUCGGAUGUUACCGAACGCGACGUACGCUGGACACUGGAGUAUUUGAGCAAACAUACAGACUAUAUCAUCAGUCUUCUUGGCAAUAAAUUUUUGGAAUUUUUGGCAGAGGGUAAAUUUGAAAUAGCGCAAACCUCCCAUUUUUGGACUUCGCCUUAUGCUUUUCAACACAUGCGCAGUAUGUCACCUCAGCUAUAUAAAACGCUUAGCCAGUCGAAACUAAUCAUAUUUAAAGGCGAUUUAAAUUAUCGCAAGCUGUUAAGCGAUGUAUGCUGGGAUGCAACCCAGGAAAUUAGAACCUGUUUGGGUGGCUUUGUGCCCAGCAAUUUGUGUGCCAUACGAACUAUCAAAGCGGAGGUAAUUUGCGGAAUUUCAGAAAAGAUUUGCGCUGAGCUUAACGGGAAGGAUCCGCAAUGGAUGCUAACAGGUCACUAUGGUCUUAUACAGUAUGUGGAUGGUUCACGUGAAUUUGGCUAUUAAUAACUUAUUGUAUGAAAAGAUAAGAUAAUCCAAAAAUAUACCUUGUUAUUAUAUACAUACA